UAUUGUGUCAACAUAUGCUUAUAGGUAUUGGGAAUACUUGCCAUGGGAAAAAUGUAGAAGAAGUUGAACUGUCACGGCUAGUUAGGUACUUGAGUCCAACUCAUUUAUACCCUCUUGGUGUGGAACUUGGAAUCUUAAGCAGAGAAAUCGAAAGAAUAGAAAAGGAUCACAAAUCCUCUAUUGACCAGAUGUUUUUCGUCCUAUUGGAAUGGCGCAAAAAAUUACAUUCUUCAUUUUCUGACCUUGAAGAAGCCUUGAAGCGAUGCAAUAUUGACAUCCAUGUACUGUGUGAGGUCUGCAAAACUAAUGUCUUUGAAACAGAUGUCAUGAAAAACCUUCCAUCUGACAUACUGGAUAAAGUCUUAUCCGACCAGGAGUUGGAUGAAAUAGCAGGAUACGUUGGACGAGAAUAUUUACAUCUGUGCCUUCAGUUAGGCCACACAGUUAGCCACAUAGAACGAGUCAUGGAUGAAAAAAAAUAUAAUUUUCUCGAGGGAAUUCGUGUGCUUUUGCGAGACUGGAGAAAAAGUGGUCACUUUAAACCAACAGUAAAGAUGCUAGGGUGCGCAUGGUUACAAUGUGGGAUGGAUUUCAAUGUAUUUUACAACUUGUUUGUAAAGCAAGAGAAAGAUGUAUGGCAACUGCCUUUUAUAUUUUAAAAAAAAUGGGAGAACAAGAAACAAUAGUUUAAAUGGGAUUUUUUGAAAUAUAUUUUUAUUUAUCAUAAAACACAUAUUUCUUAUUAUCAACGUUGUAUUCUAUUUUUUCUUGAUAUAUAUAGAACGAUGCAUGAUGCUUCAGAAGUAUAUUUUUAUAUUAUAUCAAAAUGCAAAAUAAACAAUUUAGUAUAAAUUAAUUUUUUUUGCAGAAUUAACAUCAAGUAUGUACGUACGGGAUUCAAACAGAAUAUAUAGAAAAAAAAUCUUGAAAAAAAUAAUCUAAUCAAAAACCCAAACAUUUUGAUAUGUUGACUAUUAUUUAUAAAAAUUACAUAAUAAUUAUUAUAUACUUGGAAAUUUUACAUUCUGAUUAAAGUUUCUUCUUAGAAAACCCAAAAAUAAGUAGCCAAGUUUUAAUGAAAGCCAUUCCCUGUAUUUUAAUUUCAAGUUUUUCAAUCAGUUACAUGUGCAAU